AUGCGAGAUCCGGAUUUCAUUCUUGGUCUCCUGCGGUGUGCUUUUAAAAAAGGCCCAAGCCAAAACCUCGAUGACCACGAUAAGCAGUUGGCUCAGGUGGGCAACGAUGCGCAAGUGAGGGGAUCAGCAGCAGAGCCAGGGCCAGAGCCAGAGCCUAAGGGACCGAAACUACCCUUCCAGAAUACACCGUUAUGCGUUUUGUGCGACAAAACCGUCCAAAAGUUACGGCUCAGGGCGGACCACUUGGUGGUGCAAUGGACUUGCGAGCAGAUCUAUAACACCGAUGCUGGCAGCCCUCACGCCAUGCUAGUGAGCAUAAUAGGCCAGCUCUUUAGGCAGUACGAUUUUGACACUUCGUAUAUAAUGAAACUUUUCGUGGAUGCCAAAAGAGAAAGGCCCUGUUCUAUCAAAACGUUGACGAGGCUGUUACAGGCGCUCAUAGAUGAGUUGCCGACGACAAAAACCGUGGUCGUCAUCAUCGAGGGUGCGGCCUUAUUGGACACCAAAGAAUUUGAGAAUUUCAAGGGUGCUACUUUGCAGACGAUGAGAUAUCUGUUGGAAGAAGUACACAACGCCACCACCAAAGCCAUAAUCAGCACCAUCUUUAACACACCGACGAAAUUCAAGGUGCUGGUUGCCAGUGCGCCUGCGCCGAGUUGGAAUGCCAUGUUUAAGCCGGAGGAGAUUGUGCACCUGGAGGCUCCAGCGCCACCACCUUCUGGGCUAGGCCAGUUGGAUAUUAGUGAGGCAGUUGAGGAUGAUGACGAGAAGUUGGAUAUCUGGAACCCUAGGGCUUAUAUGGAUAGCCUCAAAAGGGAAAGUAGGUGGUUCCCGAAGGAGGGUCCAGCACCGCCGCCUUCUGGGCUAGGCGAGUUGGAUAUUAGCGAGGCAGUUGAGGAUGGUUACGAGAAGUUGGAUAUUUGGAACCCUAGGGCUUAUCUGGAUGGCCCCAAUAGGGGAAGUAUGUGGUCCCCGAAGAAUGCUAUCGACAUAUUUGUGGACCAAUACCGGAUGUUUCCGUAUCCCUGGUCAAGAGUAUUGCUUAGAUACGGUCUUCAAGAUCCCCCUUUUUUGCUGUGA